ACCCUCUUUACUCUCCCGACAUUCUGUUGACCAUUUCAAAAAAGAGAGAGAGAGAGAGAGAGAGAAAAUGCAGAGUGAGGAAACAGAGAAAGCCAAGAAGAUGAAGAAACGAGAAAAAAUGAAGCACAUUUUUAAGAAGCUUCAAUUUGGAGGCAGUCACGAUCCCAAUCGUCCUUCCACCACCGAAACGUUGCCGUCCGGUGAGACCGAUAAUCCACGCACCACGUCGGAGUUCUCUCCGGCGAGUCCUACUUCAUCAUCUCCGGUGACUACUUCAGUUGUUCCUGUGUCGUCGAGCAUGGGUCUCAAUACGCCGUCAUCGGCUGUGGCCGCGACGAAUCGAGCGUCGGAUUAUAUGUUAUCGGAGGAAGAAUUUCAGGUUCAGCUAGCCCUAGCUAUUAGCGCUUCCAAUUCGGAGGAUAGGAAGAAGGAUCAGAUCCGAGAGACGGGUUUUUUGAGUUUAGGUGAUCAUCAUCAGAUGGAUUUAGGGGUAGGGAGGGGGGAUAAGGAUGACGUGGCAGCUGAGGCUUUGGCCAGACAGUACUGGGAAUACAAUGUGCUUGAUUAUGAGGAAAGAGUGGUGGAUGGUUUCUUUGAUGUAUAUGGGCUUUCCACUGAUUCAGGAACCCAAGGAAAAAUGCCAUCUCUUACUGAUCUUGAAGCAAGUCUUGGAAAUUCUAGCUUUGAAGUUGUAAUUGUGAAACGAACAAUUGACCCGGCCCUAGAGGAGUUGUUGCAAAUUGCUCACUGUAUUUCAUUAGAUUGCCCUUCUACUAAUGUUGGUAUCUUAGUUCAAAGGCUUGCCGAACUUAUAACAGGGCAUAUGGGUGGUCCUGUUAAAGAUGCUAAUAUGAUUUUGUCCAAGUGGAUAGAAAGAAGUAUUGAGCUUAGAACAUCUCUUCAUACAAGCGUGUUGCCUAUUGGAUCAAUAAAUAUAGGCCUGUCUCGGCAUCGUGCUUUGCUCUUCAAGGUGUUGGCAGAUAGCAUAAGAUUACCUUGUAGACUGGUAAAAGGCAGUCACUUCACUGGCGUUGAGGAUGAUGCUGUAAAUAUAGUAAAACUUGAGGAGGAAAGGGAAUUUUUGGUUGAUCUAAUGGCAGCUCCUGGUACACUUAUACCCGCUGACAUUUUAAGUGCAAAAGAUACUACUUUGAAGUCAUACAAUCCAAUAAUGAACAACAUACCAACUCUUCAGUCACCUGGUGAUGUUUACUCAAGAGAAAGGCCACUUAAAGGUGAAGGUAGUAGUCACCAUCCAUUGAUCAAUAGCAGUAAGCCCUUUGAUUGGGGGUCAAGUUCUGGAACUGCAGAAGUGCUGCCUUCAUUAUCAGGCCCAAGUCGUGAUUCUGGUGUUGGUUCUUCUGGAUUUUCUAACAGAGUGACUCCUAAUCAGUUGGAUCAUCUUCCUUCAACUGCUAUUGGAACUUUAGUCUAUAAAGGGAGUCGUGGUGCCAAUGCAGUUGGUGAUGGCCAGAGGAUGAAUGUUAAUGUGGUGCCAUAUGGUCAGAGUAGUCAAGAGGACCCCAAAAAUCUUUUUGCAGAUCUUAAUCCAUUCCAGAUAAAAGGUGCAGGCAAAACUUCCCAUCAGAAUAAAUCUACAGAGACCAAAAUUGACGAGUUUCAGAGACAACCAAAUAAUGUAGUGGGGCGACCCCCAGUACCAUUGAUAUGGAAGAAUCGGCCUGUCUAUAAUGAGGUUCCCCAGAAAAAGUACAAUUAUAUGGAGGGCCACUUCCCAAAAGUCAAUCGUGAAUCUAAUGAUUUUAAUCAGUCAUCAGCAAGCCCCUCCAGCUCCAUCAAACCUGAAAAGGUCUACACUCAUGGUGUUAAGCCUCAUGCUGGCUUGGAUACAUCGAAUAGAAAUGAUAAAGUCCGCAAUCCUUUGUCUGAUACUGCCGCAUAUUUGGCAUCCACUACCAGUCAGUUCAAUAUCUUGCAACCGGCUGAGGACGCAAGCUCUAAAUUUAAGGAGCAUGUCACAAACGAACAUGAUUUACCAAAUAACACUGUGGAUUUGGUUAAUGAGCAAGAUAAUGAGAUUGGUUUCGACAGUUAUAGAAAGCAUGCCCAUGAUAGAUACAUGGGAAAUAAUCUCAAAUUGAAGGAUCCCGAAAGUCCUAGUUCAUCCUUUGAUUCUGGUGUUGGUUCUUCUGGAUUAUCUAACAGAGGGACCCCUAGUCAGUUGGAUCAUCAACUAUUUGAUGAUGUAGAUGUUGGUGAAUGUGAAAUUCCUUGGGAAGACUUGGAUCUUGGGGAAAGAAUUGGAAUAGGUUCCUAUGGAGAGGUCUAUCAUGCUGACUGGAAUGGCACGGAGGUUGCUGUCAAGAAGUUCCUAGACCAAGAUUUUUCUGGUGCUGCUUUGGCUGAGUUCAAAAGAGAAGUGCGAAUAAUGCGUAGACUGCGUCAUCCAAAUGUUGUUCUUUUUAUGGGUGCUGUUACUCGCCCUCCUAACCUGUCUAUCAUUACCGAGAUUCUUCCUAGAGGAAGCUUAUAUAAGAUUAUUCAUCGUCCUCAUCCUCAAAUUGAUGAGAAACGUAGAAUUAAGAUGGCUCUUGAUGUGGCAAGGGGCAUGAAUUGCCUACACACUAGCAUACCUACCAUCGUUCACCGUGAUUUGAAGUCUCCUAACCUUUUAGUUGAUAAAAACUGGAAUGUAAAGGUGUGUGAUUUUGGGUUGUCACGCUUGAAACAUAAUACCUUCCUAUCAUCUAAAUCAACUGCCGGAACACCCGAGUGGAUGGCACCAGAAGUACUUCGCAAUGAGCCCUCGAAUGAGAAAUGUGAUGUCUAUAGCUUUGGAAUCAUUCUCUGGGAGCUUGCUACUUUGAGAUUACCUUGGAGCGGAAUGAAUCCGAUGCAAGUCGUGGGUGCAGUUGGUUUCCAGAAUCGACGCCUCGACAUUCCCAAGGAACUCGAUCCUUUGGUUGCGAGAAUAAUUUGGCAAUGCUGGCAGACUGAUCCGAGUUUGCGGCCAUCAUUUGCGGAGCUUACGGUAGCUUUAAAACCCUUGCAGCGGCUUGUUAUCCCGUUGCAUCAAGAUCAAUCAAGCUCACCUAUGCCACAAGAGAUUUCAGUAAAUUCUACACCCUGAAAUCAAAAUCCUCAGUUCCUCAAUUGUGAAUAAGAAAGCUUUCUGUCCCUAUCCCUUCAAUGAGGUAAUUAAUGUAUUUAAAUGUUAAAAAAAGCUGCAUUUUUGGAGUUCAUGUUCAUAGUUUUGUCCAAAAGAAGGGAAAAAAAACUUGUGGAGUGUAUAUUCCAGUACUCUUUAAAACAAAGGUAAAAUUAAAACCGUUAUUAUAAAUUUUAAAA